AUGGCCGAAUCUUCGCUGCAGGAUCGCCUGCGCGACCAUGCAAAGGCCUUUGAUGGCCUCUUGAGUCUUAUCCCGGCCAAGAUGUACUAUGGCGAAGACACAAGUAACCAAUGGAACAAGAAGAAGCAGACAAAAGAAGAGGCCGCCGCCGCCCGUCGCGGAAAGCUGGACCCUGACAGCGAGCUUAACAGAAACGCCAAGGAGGUUAUGGAUGAGCGCGCAAAGAACAAGCGCAAGCUACGCGAGAUGCAACAAGAAGAAGAUGGAGAUGAAGAAGAUGAGUGGGAGGACUACGAUCCUGUCCCCGGCGUCGACAGCGAGAAGCCCGGCGAGGGCCUCAAGACAAAGACCGAAGGCAACAAGAAGCAGAAGCUCGACGAUGACGAUGACGACGUAGAUGCCAAGACCGCUCCGGAGGCGACAUCCUCCAAGGCUUCAAGAAAAGAGGAAAAGAAGGCUGCCAAGAAGGAAAAGAAGAAGGAGAAGAAGGUUGAGAAAAAGGUUAAGAAGUCAGAAGUCACCGACGCAGACAAUGAGGCUCCUGCCCCUACGCCUAAAUCACAGAAGCAAGCCAAAAAGCAAGCGAAGGGUCCUGCCGCCAAGGCCCAGAAGGAAAAGGAGGUGGACGAGUCAUCAGCUGUUCAAGGUGAUGGUGAGGUUGAGCCCAUGGAUAUCUCGGGGCUGGAAAAGGACGAUGAGGCUACCGAUAACUCGAUGCCCGAAUCUGAGCCACACUCUCCCACCUUUGACUCUUCGACAACUGCCCCUGGGGCUCCCGCUGAGCCUGUCAGCGCAACCACAUCCGUCUCAUCCACCAUCCCUCCCUCCGAGAAGCCCAAGCACAUCAAGAUCCCCGCCGACACCGAGGCCCUCCGCGCACGGCUAGCGGCCAAGAUUGAUGCCCUACGUGCCGCCCGAAAAGCUGACGGUCCCGACGGCAAGCCCAUCCGCACACGCCAGGAGCUCAUCGAGUCGAGGCGGAGGAAGCAAGAGCUUCGCAAGGCCCAUAAGCAGGAGCUGCGCAAGCAGGCUAGGCUGGAGGAGCAGCGGAAGCGCGAGGAGGCUCUGGCAUCCAGCUCCCCCGGUGUCAGAAGCCCUGCUGUUGAGCUCGACGAGAACUCCAGCAACUUUACGUUUGGCCGUGUCGCCUUUGGUGAUGGAGCCAAGCUCUCGCACGAUCUCAGCUACGUCCUCAGCCAGGGCAAGAAGAAGGGUCCUUCAGAUGCCAAGACUGCCCUUAUCAAGGUGCAGAACCAGAAGAAGCGCCUUCAGGAGCUCGACCCUGAGAAGCGUGCCGACAUUGAGGAGAAGGAUGCUUGGCUGACGGCCCGCCGCCGCGCCGAGGGCGAGAAGAUCCGUGACGACGAGGCGCUUCUAAAGCGCGCUGUCAAGCGCAAGGAGGUAGCCAAGAAGAAGAGCGAGAAGGCCUGGCGCGAGCGGUCUGACGGUGUCAAGCUUGCGCAGAAGGAGCGCCAGCGCAAGCGAGAGGACAACCUGCGCAAGCGCCGUGACGACAAGCUUCUUGGAAAGGCUGGCAAGAAGAAGAAGAAGCCCGCUGUCGGAGCUAAGAAGAAGGGCCGUCCUGGAUUUGAGGGAAGCCUGGGCGUCGGUGGACGAAAGAAGUAAAGCUUCAGGAAUGACAUGUCAAACACAUAAUGCCAACGAGAAAGACGAAAGGGGUUGAAGAAAAGCAAGAUUGAUUAUGCUUUGUUUAUUCUCAAGACACGGCGCUGGAGGAGUCCCGGUCGGCAAAAAGCAAAAAAGGGGACGGAUUGAUGCAUCAACGGAGCGGCGCGCAGAGAGAUUCAUCUUUGUAAAGCAAGGUAUUGCAUAGCACAUAGUGGACGGACGAUUUCCCCCUUGAUCAACAUGAAUGAGAGAGCGUGCCUUGAACGCGCCGUUUAAUGCA